AUGCCUUCUUCGUCCAUCCUCCCAGAGUUUAUACUUGGACACUCCAAGUAUGAAAGACCUCACGUCCAAAGUGUACCCGAGUCCAAAGACCCAAAGCCUCGUCCGCCCAGGAGUCUGCGAGACAAACUACCCCUUUAUGGCAAACUCCCCAAAUAUUCCGGCCCUUACGAGGUCGGCAUCAUCGACUUGGAAAUACCAGCCAAGGAUCCCCGAACCUUUUCUGACAUAACGCGGCACAAAGUCCACCUCAUUGCCCUAGAGACAGUCUUGAUGACCAUUUACUAUCCGGCACACCAUGAGGCAAGCCGACAUCUGGCUGUAAGCUCAGUGCGGCAGAAGUUUCGCCCGACUUGGCUGACCCGCCCGCGAGAUCAAACAAGUCGAGGUUACGCCAAGUUCUCUUCGAUGCCCGCCUGGCCCACAAUGGCCUUUUUCCUCAUGUCAACCUGGUAUACCAAACUGCCAGCAUACAAGAAUACAGCCUUAGCUGAUCACUGGCCCCCGUGGCAAACGACGCCAACAGAUGGUACGGAGACAAAUCAAACAGGCCCGCCUCCGAGUCACGGUCCCUCGAGCCCCAGAUUUCCCCUGAUUCUGUUCAGCCAUGGCCUAGGAGGCACCAGAACUGCUUACUCGACCGUGUGUGGAGAGUUUGCCAGCCAUGGCUUUGUGGUGGCUGCGGUAGAACAUAGGGAUGGAAGUGGGCCCAGAUCUGUGGUCAAUCGUCCAAUAGCUGGCGAUGGGAGCACAUCGCACACGGGGCCAGCGCCGAGGAUCGACCAGAAGGCAAAAGAUUUGAGCAACAACCACAAGCUUGUGGACUUCAUCUUCCCCCAAGCUGACAAGCACGACAUCAACCCUGGCCAUAAAGUGGACCAAGAACUACGUAAUGCUCAAGUGGAUCUCAGACUGGCAGAAAUCCAUGAAGCAUAUCAAAUUAUGCAGGACAUCAGCGCUGGAAAUGGCGACAAAGUUGCAGCGAGCAACGUUCGCUGUAGAGGUGCGAUCGGCGCCUCGAAAGCCGGAUUGGACGGGAUUGAUUGGUCUCAAUGGAAAGAUCGACUCCUCUUGGACGGGGUGACGAUGAUUGGGCAUUCUUUCGGAGCCACCACCACUGUCGAGAUGUUGAGACAGACCGACCGUCACCGCUACAUCACCCAAGGCAUUGUAUACGACAUCUGGGGAAUGUCGGUACGGCCUGUUUCAGAUGAUUCAUCUCGGCGAAUCCGGGUUCCAGUGCUGGGAAUUAAUUCUGAAGCAUUCAUGUACUGGCCUGAGAAUUUUGCUGUAGCCAAAUCAAUCGUCGAGGAAGCACUGCAGCAUGAUCAACCGGCCUGGCUCAUGACGGUCCGAGGCACAGUGCAUAUCUCCCAGUCCGACUUUUGUAUCUUAUACCCUCACUUCUCCAGCGUCUUGUUAAAGAUGACCAUGAAUCCUGUUCGUGCCAUCGAUCUCAACAUUGAUGCUUCGUUGGAAUUCCUGUCUCGUGUCAUGCCGGAACACAUUAGCGAGUAUCAACCUUAUAUGCGAGCUCUGGGAGACAAGAAGCUCCUCGGUUUGGAGGUUCUGCAUGACCUACCGACUGAGCACAAGCCACGAAAACGAUGGACUGCCGUGAGGCUCAGAGUGCACCAUGAGACCAUCAAGAGACUUACACCGGGGACAAGGAAAAGAUACUGGAGCCAGAUCGUAAAGAAUGGGCAGGAAGUCUGGCUUCAUCUCACUCCAGACUGUCAGAGACUUGGAAAGUGUACCACCUGUGCUGAUAAAUAUGGCAGUACAGCCCAGAAAGAAACAUGUGCGGUGCAGCAAGUGUGA